AUGUCGACCGGGCUGGGCCUCGAUGAGUAUGAGGUCAGCCGGAAGCCAGGCCUGUCCCUGGAGGACGCGAUCGCGGAGCUGAUGCGUUUCCAGGGAUGGCUGGCAUGGAGAGGGAAGGAAGGAAGCCGUCCCGCCCGUCGGAAGGGGGAUACGGCGGGAACAUCGGGAAAGUUUGAAGCAGAGCUUUGGUGGAGCACCAUGGAAAAGAUUUAUGGAGAAGAUUGGCGAGCUGAGCUGGAUGCGAAGGAGCUUGCCGAACUGGCCGCCUUUUCGGAUGAUGGAGAAGAAGAUGAAGAUGAGGAAGAAUUGAUGCCAGAGGCUCCAAUGCCAGGAGACGUGGUUGCUCGGCUGAAGGCAAGGCUUGAGACGCCCUUUGUUCCUCAACUUGAGGACUUGGAAAGCUACUCUAGCCGGGUGCAGCGAAUCGGGGAAGCUUUGAGUCAGCUGAACGCUCCGGUCCCUGAAGGGGAGAUGGAGAAGAUGCUGUUUAGAGCGGAGCUCGAAGGAGCCUCGGACCCUCUGAGGAGGCUGUCUGUGUUGAUACAGAUGAUCCAAGAGAAAGGAGGAAAGCCGAGAGCGGACAAGCUGUUUUCGAGUGAGGCUACGGUGUCGAGUGCUCCGAGCAAGCCUGCCGGCCCUGUCUCUUUGGAGUUGCGCGGCGGCGGUGCUUCCGGUUCGGGGGACCCGCUGGCCGACGUGCUUACGAAGCAGACGGAACUGUUGAAGCUGGCGCUUGAGAAGAAGCCGCCAAAACGUUCGACAAUCCAAGUGACGCCAAAGGCGACGAUCGCCCUGGCCAACGAUGGCGAAGGAAUGUCGGACAUGGAAACCUUGGUUACCUUGAAAGCCUGCCUGAGGCAGCACAGGCUGAAGUCUUACGAGCUGAUCUACAAAAGGCACCUGAAUGAUGGCCUCCUGAAGAGGGACCCUGGAGCAGUGUACUCUGCGGUGAAGCAGAGGCAUCUGCUGUUCGCCGAAACGAGGGAGGAGAAGGAGCUCCGGGUCCUGGAUGAUUGGGAGAGGCUUCACAAAGGGCGCUUGUCCGCGCACCAGUGGGAGGUGUUGUGGGAGGAGAAGAUCGGGGACCAGUUGUCACGAGAGGUUCGCAAGGACAAGCGUUACCGAGAAGGUGCGACUGGAGCGCGGGAGUUCCGAGGCGUGGCAACGUGGGAGGAAGCGCAUGAAGUAGUGAAAGAGUAUGAGGCUAUGAAUGCUGGGCAGAGAGCUCUCCAGAACUCCUCUCUGUCGGUGGGAGGUCCUCAGGAUGCGAAUUCGCCCGGGGACUCCACUGACAAGAAAAAGAAGAAUAAGAAAAAGGGAGAAGGAGAAGCUGACAGCAGCAUGCCUCUGGAUGCUAACGCAAUGAAGAAGAAAGUUUGCUGCUUGAUGCGCGACCACGGGAGUUGCAAGCACGGAGACAGGUGCGAGUACAGCCACGAAAAGAGUCUUGUAGAAGCUGAGAGGAAGAAGAAGAAGGAAGCAGACAAGGCUAAAGGGAAUGACAGCGCUGCCGCGAGUUCUUCCAAAGGUAAGGGAAAGAAGGACAAGGACAAAGACAAGGACAAGAAGGGCGGCAAGGGAAAGGGUGACCGGAAAGAGGCCUGCAAGCUUUGGCUGACAGUUCGAGGGUGUGACAAAGGGGAUGCCUGCCCGCACAAGCACGACAAGGAGGCCAAACAGAGGUUCCUGGCGGAAAUUGCUAAGGCAAGGGGUACAGGUGUCCAUGGAGUGCAGCUUGCUACGACCGACGGGCCUACAGGGGUGGGUGCCUCGGCCAUGGCGUGCGAGAACCCGUUUGUCUGUUUCGAGUCUGUGCCGUUGGAGGGCGGGCAGCAGAGGAGCGUUCCAGCCCCUGCGGCCGCUGACUCCAUCGCGCGUGCUCAGCCUUCGCCCGCUCCGAAGGAGAAGAACAAGAAGACAGAGAAAGCGAAGGCAGGGAGCGACGUUGCGAAGGAGGACUUCAACAACAUAGAUGACUUGCCGAAGAGUUGGUUGGUUGACACGCCUAACUCUCGGGGAGGCUAUCAGUACAAGACGGAGGUUGAAAUCUUCGGAAGGAAAGUAGCCUGCGUGCUGGACACCUGCGCAGGGUGUAACUCGGUGACUGAGGAAAUGGUCGUUGGAAUGAUCAGACUCGCCUUGAAAGCUGGGGUCCCGAGCAGCACGGAGUUCCCCGUGGCGGCUCUGGAGCGAUGGGAGGUCCCAGAGGUGUGA